AUGCUUCCUGCCAGCCAACAGCUUACAAUGCUAACUGAAAUGAAGGAAAACUACAGUGAAGUUUGUUCAGCAAUUGCCGCAUGCGUUUUCUCGUGUGAUAAUCAUUUGUCAGCUGAUGGACGUUUUAUUGGUCUUAUUCACCUCAAAAAUAUUAUUAUCGACUGCAAAGUUUGGCCAAAUGUCGAUAUCAGUGUCAAAAAAGAGUUAGAAGGGCUUUUGUUUGGUUAUAUAUCUCGUGGAGUGGAACACACUACCCUUAACAAUUCUGUAGAAAAUUCCCCACGAAGUGGUGCGAUUAUUGCAGAACUCGUUGCAAGUUUUGUAAGAAAUGAGUGGAUGAAGAAUGAUUGGUCAGAUUCCUUUUGGCUCAGGCUUGUUGAUUGGCAUGCGUGGUCAUGCUUAAGAUCUGGACUAAAAGCUGCUGGAAGUUUUAGGUUACCUUGGAGACGUCGGGCUUUCAACUCACUAGUCAAGGAUUUGUUACCAAAUAUUAUAGAGUCGUUCCGAAUAGCUUUGGGAAGCCCGGAAAUAAAUAUUGACCCUGGCAUUAAGUUGGCGAGAUUACUUUAUUCGUGCUUCACUUUAAUAGACUACAGUAGCUGCAUGAGUUCAGAAAACACAGAUAAGUUGUUCAAAGAAGCUCUUACAGUUUCCAUCCAGUCUCUGGACCUCGCAUUUCAAGAUCUCUCACGUAAAGGAGACUCCCCUCUAAUAUCUGUUUUUCGUCGACGCGUAUCAAAAUUGCUAUUUUCUGUGUUUCUAUCUGCAUCUCCAGAAGUUCGCGACGGCUUUGUCGAGUCUGUGCUAGAGCAUAUUUUGUUUUUUGUUUCAUGUCCAACUGGGACAGAAAUAAGCUUCAAGGAUAGAAGGGCACUAAAGUGGCUUUUAGCAGUUACAUACAACGUGUUGCUCUCCAAAUCUUCAGAACACAGGGGUCACAUUCCACUUACUGAAGAGGGGAAACACAAACUAGAAUUAUGGAUGUCCCAGCCUUGUCUAUCAAACAAUGGACAAGUAAAUAACAAGUUGUCAUAUUUUGUUAUGUCUCUCUUUGAACAUUGGUUUCUGCUCACACCAAAAGAAUUUCAACUUCUUACUAGUGAUCCAGAAGCUUGUUUAGCCUCAGGUGGUAUUACCAACACAAGUGCAAGCAAUGAAGCUGAGGAUGUUCAAGAGUAUGUUAGUCUCAAUUCUUUCUGGAAUGUUGACUGUCAAACAAAUGAGUUGUGGAGGUGUAAUAUUCAAACAUUGAUGGGGAUCUCUGACAGUUCUCAGCAUAUGCUUAAUGCUGAACCAUGUCGUCAGUUAGCAGAACUUAUAUUUACAAUAAUUCAGGGCGUAAAUGCUGGAACUGACAAACCAUUUAUUUAUGAAGCUGUUAUGAGACUGACACAAUUAUGCCUGCCUUAUUUUGGCACCAAAGAAAAUUGGAUUAAUCUAACUAAACACCUUAUAACUGAAGGUUUAGCCAUAGGGAAUUCUAUACAGAAUAAUCUUGGAUCGCAUCCAAUAGAAGAUGAAAUACCUCCUGUUGUUAUUUUGACUCGAACUCUCUGCCUCUUGUCGCGAUACGGUAUAAUGUGUAUUCCGUCAAAUGAUAUGGAGUCUUCAUCAUUGAAGUCAAGGUGUAAUGAUGCUCUUUUACAUCUAAAUCAAUUUCUACGCCGGCCUACCAACUGGGGUCAACAGAUUUCUAGAAAUCAAAUGAUAUUAUGUAUUCGACUUGCAGCUGUAUAUGGUGUUGCAUGGCUUUUACAAGAACCAGUACUUCCUGAGGAUAUUUUAGCAAUUCAUGCAGAAAGCUUACUCAAUGAUACACUUGUAUUGAUUCAGGAUGUCAGAGAAUGCGAAACACGGAUUUAUUUACUGACUGUAUUACGUAAUAUAAUUCAAAGAAUUGAUCUGAUUUCCUUUCCGCAACUUACAUCUCCUAUCUUAAGCACUUUAGAUCACCUAUGGAGUCUUAGUGGUCAAAGUGCUGCACUUCGAGGCAACAUUCUGGAUACUGUUUGCCUUCUAGUUACUGAACUUAAUGCAUCUAACGAAAAUCUUUCACUGCUACCUGAAUUCAACACCUUGUUACGUAAUCCUGUAAUCAGUUUAAUUCAAAUGUCAUUAGACAAUGUAACGGAGAAUAGAUUAUCUGGUUCAGAGGCUUUAUUUGAACCAGGUCUACGUUUAUGGGUUAGUUUAGUUGAGGGCAACGGUUCAAUAUGGUCAUCAGAUCUGGUCAAUUUAAUGCCUUUACUAGUUGGUGAUAGUAUACGUUUAAUACAAUCUGGUGGAGAUAUGUCUUUGAAUAAAUCCUUAAGACAGCCUUUACUUGCUCGUGUAGAUUCUGGGGAACAAGUCGAUUUAGUCUUUCGUAUUGCUUUUGGGACUUUGAGACUAGCUCAUAAAGCUGGUUGUGAUAUUUUACACAAUUUUGUUAGCCAAUGGUCUGAAGCAUUUUGGAUGUCUAUUUUAAUGGUCAGUUUAAAUUGGGGAUCAUGUGAACAAGUGAAUUUAGAAGAGUUGUACUCACAAGCUGCUUGUGUCGGGGAUGACAAUAGAUCAGAUGAAGAAUCAAAAUAUCGCCUAAAUCAACUGAAAUUAUUCAUUCUAUGGUUUACAAUCUAUUUGGAUAUUGAAUGUUUUAAACAGUCAACAACAGCAGCAACAGCAACAGCGGCAUUAUUAUCAUCACCAAGUGGAAUUGGUUUACUUAUUUUAGCGGCUAGAUAUUGUUUAAUUCGUGCACCACAAAAUGCUCAUGAUGAUGUCACUCCAAAGGCAACAGAACUUCGUUUAGUACUGCUUGCUAGAUUAGUAUUAUAUCCAAAUAUGUGGUUAUACUUCAUGAAUAUAUUACAAUUAAUUCAUAAAUAUACUGAUGAGAAUUGUUUUCAUAGUAUUCCUUUACUUCUACAACAGUGUAAUUCACUAAUUAAUCAACACUGUUCAAUUUCACUGCCUGAAUUACGUAAUCUUCUGACUGCUCCACUUACUCGUUGGUUAGGACGAGUUGAUUCUCUUUCAACUUAUAUAGAUCGACGUUGUAUAGCUAUUGCUUGUAUUAUUUGUUUAAGACAAGGUGUUCAACAAUAUACUCUCAAUGAAAUUCAAUUAAAUGAUUCAAAAUUAUUAGAAGAAUUAGCCGUAAAUGAUAGUUGGCAUGCUGAAUGGCUUGAACGUGUGAUCAAUAUUAUUAUACAGGUUCUAUAUGAUGAAGAUGAAUUGACAAUACAAGAUGAAAAUAUUCAAUUUUAUUAUGUCUAUCCAAUCGACAUUGCUACAAAGAAUAGUCUGAAACACAGAAUUCGUAAUGAAUUAACAUUAUGGCAAAAUCAAUUAGGCAAUCCUGUAUUAGCUGAUGUUUUGAUCAAAUGUCAUGUAGAUCCAGCUCUACGUGUACAAUUAGAAAGCCAAUUAAAUCAAUGUGAAUGA